UAGUGAUAGAAAAAUGGACGGACCCCCGAAAAAUGAACCUCGCAGGAAGAAGAACGCCCCUCUGGGCACCGCUGACCUCGUCUUUAGGGCGGUGUCCGCCACCAAAGACCGUAAAGGUAUGUCUUAUGUCGCUUUGAAGAAGGCACUGGCCGCGCAGGGCUACGACGUGGAGACCCAUGCUAUCCAAAUUAAACGCGCCGUUAAGUACUUGGUAAAGACAGGAGCCCUGCUGCAGAUGAGUGGGUGCGGAGCUUCCGGGUCUUACAAGGCGAACAAGAAUGCUGGUAAGCCCACAUCAGUAGCGGACAAGGCCGCCGCCAAGAAGCCAAAAGCAGCAACGCCCAAGAAAGCAGAAAAGCCUGUAGCAGCUAAGAAAACCCCAGUCUCGAAGAAUAAAAAGACCUCGAAGAAGAAGGCCUAACAACACCCAAGAUGGCUGCUUUACUCUAAGUCUGUAU